ACCAGUCCCUCCCUUGAGUGCACCCUUGGAGCUGGACCGCCCAGCCCACGAGGCCUCCGUACCUGGGCACCUGGGCACCUGGGCACCUGGCCAUGGGACGCCCGGGCCGGCGGGCGGGCGGAGCAGGAGCCCGGCGGGAGAUGGGGCAGAGUGAAUCUCCGUCGCCCCCCUGGCCAGCAGCCCCCCUAAUCCGCACAAUGGGACUGUGACGGUGGACACUGCUGGGGACCCCUGCACACUUGCUCCAUGUGGAUGAUGGAUGACAACACACUCUCUGAACACCCGGAACCCGUGGAAUUCCUCAACAACUAUCUGAGAGACAACCUGCAGCCCCACCCAGGAGUACAGCCAAGGGAAACCAGCAGCCGUCCUGACCUGCCCGGACCUUUGCAGGAGCUGACCUGGGCGUCUGACCCCUCUGAGUCCCCGGAGAGGCAAGAUGCUCCUGCCGGGGGCUCUAGAGCCGAGCCUGAGAGCCUGGGGAGCAGGUCUUCCCAGGGGAGCCCACGGCAGAACUCCAGCUCGUCCACGCAGGUGGUGUUCUGGGCGGGCAUCCUGCAGGCCCAGAUGUGCGUCCUGGACCUGGAGGAGGAGCUGGAGAAGACUGAGGGACUGCGGGCCGAGCUGAGGUCCUGCAUCCCUGCGGCUCCCGUGGACCUCCCCCCAUUCCCCUCCAGCCCGGCGGGCCCCCUGGGCCCAGGCCCCCCCGCCGGCUCCUCCUCAGGAGAGGACAGCAGCAGGCCCAAGGGAGAGAGCCAGACCCAGGUGUCCCCUGAGGAGGAGACGCCAGACUCCUCCCCAGACUCCUCCCCAGAGUGGGGUGCCGAGGAGGAGAGCCUGUUCUUUGACAACCCCCUCUUCCUGGAGAGCCCCUCCUCAGAGACCAGCAUGCCCAGAGAGCGCUUCUCCUGGGGACACUCCAACUGCUGGGCUGACAAGGACGACAACGACGACGGGAGGCCUAAGAGCCCUCAGGCCCUGGAAGGGAGGCCCGAGAGCCCGCAGGCCAUGGAGCCACCUCUCCUGCUGGGCAGGGUGCCCUGGGGGCUAGGCGAUGAGCCAGACUCAGGGGACAGCGUGGCUGAUUCCAGCGGGCACACCACCCCUCCAUUCCCUGUGCCCACCUACAAACCACACUCCUUUUCCUGGGCUGAACCCAUCCCCACCCCGCAGUCUCCUGCAGCACCUCCCAGCUGGGCGGGGAGCGAGGCUUCUCUGGCAGGUGGUCUUGACCCUGCAGCCUUCUCUGUGGACGAGGCACUGACCUGGGAAAUAGGGCAUGCCAGAUCUGACCCCAGCCCUGCCACCCAUCCUCAUCCUGUGCGUCCUCCGGGACUCCUGUUCACAUGGAUACCCUGUGCCUCUCAACAGGCCCUGCCCAGUCCUCAGACCGAGCAGGGUCCUUCCUGGCCCCAGCUGCCUCUUACCUCCCAGGACAGAGGUGACAGAGAUGCCGAGUGUCCCCAGGAGCCUGCUCCCUGUACCCGUGCCCUGGGCCCCUGGUGGGGCCCAGCCUCUCUGCCAGAGCCCAGCAGCCCUGAGUCUGAGAGCAGAGGCCUCAGGCCCGGGCCCAGCCCGGUGUCCUCAUCCUCCUGGGAAGGCAGCCCGCAGCUCCAGGGCCGCCACCCCAGCACCGCCUUACCCACGUGGACAUUAGACGCUUCCCGCCUGGCCCUCCUGGAGACAGACGGGCCACAGCCUUGGUCCUCAGAGACAGAGGAGGCCCCAGAGGCCCUAGACCCAGGCAAGGAGGUGAAGAGAGAGGACCCUGUGGGCACUGUCGACGCUGACGCCAGCGGCGCCAUCCAGCCCGAUGCUCACCUGGCUUCCGCAGGAGGGCUUCCUGAGAGCCCCAUGCCCCAAGGGAAGUCCCCAGAGGAGGGCCAGGGGCCGCAGGCUGCAGACAAGCUGGCCAAUGGCGUCAGGACGGACAAGCAGGCCUGGGACCUGGCCUCCCGCCUCUACCGCCUGGAGGGUUUCCGGAAGUCCGAGGUGGCUGUGCACCUGCGGAAGAACAAUGACUUCAGCAGGGCAGUGGCUCAGGAGUACCUGUCCUUCUUCCAGUUCGGUGGCCAGAGCCUGGACCGAGCCCUUCGGAGCUUCCUCCAGGCGCUGGUGCUCAGCGGGGAGACCCAGGAGCGGGAGCGAGUCCUGUUCCAGUUCUCCAGGCGCUUCCACCACUGCAACCCCGGGCUCUUCUCCUCAGUAGAUUCCGUGCACACCUUGACCUGCGCCAUCAUGCUCCUGAACACGGACCUGCACGGCCCGAACAUUGGGAAGAGCAUGAGCUGCCAGGAAUUCAUAAACAACCUGAACGGCCUGCAGGACGGCGGGAACUUCCCCAAGGAGCUGCUGAAGGCCCUGUACUGGUCUAUCCGGAGUGAGAAGCUGGAGUGGGCCGUGGACGAAGAAGACGCAGCCAGGCCUGAGAAGGCCCGGUCCUCACCGCUCGGUGGCAAGAUGAGCAGCCCCUUCCUGCAGCUGGCUCCGGAUCCCGUGGGGCCCACCUACAAGCAGGGCAUCCUGGCUCGGAAGAUGCAUCACGACGUGGACGGCAAGAAGACGCCAUGGGGCAAACGUGGCUGGAAGAUGCUGCACACCUUGCUCCGAGGGAUGGUCCUCUACUUCCUGAAGGGAGAAGACCACAGCCCCGAAGGGGAGAGUUUGGUGGGGCAGAUGGUGGACGAGCCUGUGGGGGUGCACCACUCGCUGGCCUCGCCGGCCACCCAUUACACCAAGAAGCCACACGUCUUCCAGCUGCGGACGGCCGACUGGCGCCUCUACCUCUUCCAGGCACCCACUGCCAAGGAGAUGAGUUCCUGGAUCGCGCGCAUCAACCUGGCCGCCGCCACGCACUCAGCGCCGCCCUUCCCCGCCGCGGUGGGCUCCCAGCGCAGAUUCGUGCGGCCCAUCCUGCCCGUGGGCCCUGCCCAGAGCUCCCUGGAGGAGCAGCACCGGUCCCACGAGAACUGCUUGGACGCUGCCUCCGACGACUUGCUGGACCUGCAGAGGAACUUGCCUGAGCGGCGAGGCCGCGGCCGGGAGCUGGAGGAAUACCGCCUGCGGAAGGAGUACCUGGAGCACGAGAAAACCCGCUAUGAGAUGUAUGUGCAGCUGCUGGUGACCCGCCUGCACUGCCCCUCGGACGACCUGGACCUGUGGGAGGAGCAGCUGGGGAGGGAGGCUGCGGGCCCCCAGGAGCCCAAGCCCAGCCUGAAGAAGUCCCACUCCAGCCCCUCCCUGCACCAGGACGAGGCCCCCACCACCGCCAAGGUGAAGCGCAACAUCUCCGAGCGCAGAACCUACCGGAAGAUUAUUCCCAAGCGGAACCGCCAUCAGCUGUGAAGUGUCACUCACAGACCUCGGCCCCUGCACUGGGGCAGACCUGGGCUGCAGCCCUGUGGGAUGGAGGAGAGGCCUCUGCUGAAGGACAGCCAUCUGUGCUUGCCCGAGGACUGCUCUGCCUUGCCCGCCCCUGUGGCAGGUCCUCAGGCAGGUCCCUGGCCACUGAGGAAGGUGGGAGGCCAAAGAUUUGGCUCCUCUCCCGAAGUUUGCUCCAUGUCACUCUUCACUCCUCCGAAUCCAGAAUGGCCCCUUUUCCUGGGCCUGGGGCAGCUCAGCCCUUGGGGAAGCAGAGCUGAUGGUCCCCAUGCUUCUAGAAGAGAGCCUGGGGCAGCCGAGGCCUCUGGGCGGUCAGGCCCCCGGGAUAGUCUUGCCCUGGGAAUCAGGUGACCUGCUGGGAGAGGUCCGGGAAGACCCCAGCGAGCCUUCUGUCGUCGGGCCCUGCUCAGGGUGGGGCUGCUGUCAGGGACAGGGCCCUGUGAGGCUGGCUCUGGGACUGCACCUUUGUCUCCUCAGCCCUACAGGGGGCCCUGCAGGGCCAAUGAGAGCACCCCACCUCCCAUGCCCAAUUGCUAAUCAACAGAGCAGAGCCAAUGGCCCCAGAGCGGUGGGGGCUCCAGGGCUCUGGGAGCCCUGAACAAGGGGCCUUUGUGUCCCCGCGCCAGGAAAGAGGCUCAGAUCCCUGGGGAGGCUGAGGAGGAGGUGGUGACACAGCCCCUGGGGCUCUCCUGGCAGGAGCUGCUGCUGAGGAAGGGUUGAGAGUCAGGGUGGAGGCCUGGACCCCCUCCCCACAUCCCAGCCCAUAUACCUCCAUUCCCCAGGGGCACCAGGCCCCUCUGGGCCCUGCCCUCCCUGUGUGUCCCCUGGAGCGACCCGCAGGGUGGGGCGGGGGGUUGUUCUGAAGUGGUUCUCAGACACCCACGGAUCUGAGGCUGUGCCAGUGGGAAGGAGGCUGGGCUGGGGGAGCAGCCACCAUUGUCUCUGUUCAGCCAAGUGUGCCCACAGGCUGCCCGCCAAGAGGGGCCUCUGCUGCCUGCCUGCCGCCUGCUGGCUGCCGCACUGCCGCUCCACCUUCCUGCCGGCCUCCCCCUCGUCCAUGCUUGUAACCAGCCCUGUGGCCUGGAACUCCCCCAAGCUGGGCUGGCCCUUCGGGGCCACGAGAGGUUUCUGACCAGAGCCCGGGGCUGAGCCAUGCACCCAAUGGGUGUGCAAUAAAUACAGGCCAGUGAA